AUGGCUAACACAACUACACAUCACUCGCAACUAAACGCCACAUUCACCGGCACCACGGUGGACUACACCGGUACCAAAAUCAACAAGUUCAAGGGCAUCAAAUACGCUCACAUUCCCGCUCGAUUCGAGAGAGCGCAACCAAUUACACCCGAACAAUUGAGCGGGAAGACUAUUGAUGCUACUCAAUAUGGUCCCAAAUGUCCACAAGUCGAUGUUGACGUCCGUCACUUACUCCGUAUACCCGAAGAUUUUGAGAUCAAGGAUGAGGUUGAAGAUGAGUUUGAGUGUUUGAAUUUGGACGUUACUGUUCCGGCGGAUGUACCAAGUGGUCAGAAAUUGCCGGUUCUGGUUUGGAUAUACGGCGGCUCUCAAGCAGUCACGUUCUGCUCUGCUGCAUCUGGUAUUUGUGAUACUACAAGGAUUGUCGCGGAUUCAGUCAAGGCCGGAAAACCGAUCAUAAUGGUUGCAAUGAAUUACCGCCUCAACCUCUUCGGUUUCGGAGACGGUAAGGGUACUGCAGAAGUAAAUCUAUCUCUCAAAGAUCAAGCGUUGGCCAUCGACUGGGUGAGACAAUAUAUUGAGGGGUUUGGUGGUGAUUCUGAAAAUAUCACUCUAUGCGGAGAAAGCGCUGGCGCUGUCUAUGCACACGCCCACCUUAUAACCGGUCCACCCGUCAAACGCGCUAUUCUCAUGUCCGGCUCUCUACACUUGUCGCCUCCAAUGCCCCAUCAGCUCGGAAAAGGUAUCUUAGAGAUCUGCGAAGCUCGCGCUCAAGAGUUGGAGGGCAAAUCAUUGCGUGAAUGUAGUCAGCAAGUAUUCAAGCAGAUACUGACAGAGAAUAAUCUGUCCCGCUGCUGGAUGCAGGAAGAAGAUGUUUUGGCCAAUUGGGAGACUAAGCAAGAACAGGUUGAGGAGUUGAUGAUUGGCGAGACGGAGUUUGAGUCUGUAAUCUGGCGCCGCGGUAUCGAAACUCUCUCCCCAUCAGACAUAAUCUCCACUUUCACAGCCUCGAAUGCCGAGCUGGGCAACAAACUGCGCAAGGCAUAUCAUAUCUCCGCCGAUCGGCCAACAUCCAGUACCCUAGGAGUCCUUGAUCUCUUGCACGACUCGAAAUUUGCUCUUCCCACGGAACUCGUCGCAGAAAAACUCAUCGCAAACAAGAAGAAGGUAUAUAGAUAUCUUUUUGACGAAGUAAACCCAUGGCAGGCAUCCUCUCGAGCCCAUCAUGCCGUCGAUAUCCUAUUCCUCUUCGGCACGAUGGACUACUCACAUAAUCCCUCCGCUGAAGCAGUAGGUGAAGAUAUGCGCGGAAGAUGGGUCAGUUUUGUGAGCGGUAGUGAGCCGUGGUCCGAGCUAUCGGCCACAGGAAAGAAGUUUGCCUUUGGGCCGUAUGGGGACUGCAAGGAAAUUGAUCAGAAACAGUUUGCGGGGAGGAGGAGGUCGCAUAUUUUGGAAUUGUUGAGGGAGGUUGGACCGCAGGUUUAUAAUGGGAUUGCGAACAAGCUGGCUGCUGGGAAGAUCAGUUUGCUGAAUUAG